UGUGAUUUUUGGGCUUUAUUUUACGGCAUGUGCUGUUUUGAUUUGUUAUCCAUUGUUAUUUGGCAAGGAAUGGAUGUAUCCUGUGAAUAUUGUCAUUCCAGGAAUCAAUCCAAAAUCGUAUCCCGCAUAUCCGAUAAACUACGUCAAUAUUUCUUUUAUGACAUUUUGGACAGCGACCUCUUUUGUCGCCUUUGACAGUUAUUUUUUCCUCCUCGCUUUGUACAUGGCAUCCCGUUUCGAGUUAUGUGGCGAAAAUUUCUCCAAACUAGGUUGCGCUAAGCAGUAUUCAACUGCCGAUUACGUGCGUCAAAGCUCAAUGUUGCACGACAAAACGAUCGAAUUGUAUGAAUCACUCCAGGAGAUGGUCGAAUGGAUAGUUGCGCUUCAAAUUUACGCAAAUGUCUUUAUCAUGGCAUGCGGUUUGGUAAUUUGUCUCAUUAAUCCCUGGAAUUCGUACUAUCUCGUGACGGCUGCAAAUACAACGCAGGCCUUUUUGUUUUGCGCUUUUGGUGAAAUGGUUGCUCUCAAAUCGGCGGGAGUAUCAGAUGCGAUUUACAGCUCAAAGUGGUAUGACAUUGAUGAUAUUCACACGAAGAAAAUUUUGGUUUUGGUAAUGACACGUUCGCAACAACCUUUUUUCUUCAAUUUUAAGGGAAGAAAUCUUUCGUUGGAGACGUUUACGAGUAUCAUGACUACCGGGUUUCGAGUUUUUAAUAUGGCUUUAAAUUUCAUCUAAAACGGAAAAUUGGAGUUUAAAAAUUUU